GGGAAUGUGUGGUUAUGGUUAGUUAUUAGGCGGGAUUGCUGAUAGUGAAGUCUAAAAGACUUAGGUCAGCUUCAAUGGCAGUUUCUACGUUCAUGGCUGCUAACAGCAAUGUCAAGUUAAACUUUCCAAUAGUAAAGAAGGUGGAUAAGGUUCCCAUUGAAUCCUUUCGGGUUUUCUUGAAACCUUUGCGUUGCCUUCCGGUACAGCAGCAGGCUGAGUCAGGAAUCUUGUGUGAACCUUGUGGUGGCUCUGGAUGGUUGCUUUGUGAUUUUUGUAAAGGGCAGAAGACCAAUGUGAAGUCUGAGACUAACAAAAUUUACCGCCGCUGUCCAUCGUGUAGAGCUGUGGGGUACAUAUUGUGCUCAAAAUGCAAAGUUUUCAAGUGCGUUACCUUCCCAAAUUAUGAAGACGGUGAGGUCCUCAGCUUUUGAACUUGCAAGUUCAUCUCACUUGUUAUCUCGAAUAUUCAUUUUUUACCAAUUAUCAUAGAUAUAUAUAAUUUUACUGACUGGUAUAUUGUUGUAUAUGUAAUUUUACUUGAUAUUUGUAUUUUCCAAUGACCAGAAAAAAGAAAAUAAAACAGUCGGAAAUUGUGCAAAUAUCUUUUGAAAUUGUGUACACAAACUUCGACUUGUGCAAAUUCUUUCAGAUUUCAGCGUUGUAUA